AAGUGCAACGUUUUUCAAACACUGGUCGCACUGUACAAGUAGCCAUGAACAAAUACUUGUAGGUGCCACAACCAAUACUUAGUUAAAGCAAUGGUCAAUACCUUUGAGUCUCUUUUAUGUACAUCAUUUGAGUAAAUGAAAAUGGUUUCUGUACGAAGUUCAAUUGCUCUAUCUGUUCCGAUCACCAUGACAACUGGUUAUUCAUAUUUAUGAAAUGAGCCAGCGUCGGAUACUACAAGACUUUGAGCAGUACCAAAAGUCUAGAACUAAAUUUGUACAAACCGUCGCCGAGCUUGCUGUCCAGCCACAAAAUAUUGAUGUUCUACAAAAUUUAGGAGUAUUAUCUUUGUUGAGACCACUUUUACUUGAUACGGUACCCACAAUUCAACAAACUGCGGCUAUCGCACUAGGACGUCUAGCUAAUCAUCGAAAAGAUUUAGCUGAGGUCAUUGUUAAGGGUGAUAUCCUACCUCAACUUGUUUAUUCUCUAGCUCAACAGAACAGAUUUUAUAAAAGAGCUGCCGCAUUUGUACUGAAGUCGAUUGCCAAACACUCCGCUGAACUUUCACAAAGUAUUGUAGACUGUGGAGCUUUGGAUGCACUCACUGUUUGUUUGGAGGAAUUCGAUCCAGCUGUAAAAGAGGGUGCUGCAUGUGCAAUUGGAUGUAUAGCCAAACACUCAGCUGAGCUCUCUCAGGCGGUCGUAGAUGCAGGUGCCAUUCCACUGCUUGUUUUAUGCAUUCAAGAACCCGAAAUAAGUCUUAAAAGAGCAACUGCAUGUACACUAGCCGAAAUAACAAAACAUACAGCUGAUCUUGCCCAAUCGGUUGUUGACGGUGGAGCAAUCGCUCAUCUUGCACAGCUUGUACUAAAUCAAGAUUCGCUACUUAAGCGCCAAGUAUUUGCUGCUUUAUCAACAAUCGCUAAACAUUCUGUGGACUUGGCGGAGCUAGUAGUUGAAGCCGAAAUAUUUCCAGCUGCAUUGGUGUGCCUUAAGGACGUGGAUGAAAUUGUUAGGAAAAACUGCGGCAAUUUGGUCAAGGAAAUAGUCAAACAUACACCAGAACUCAGUCAAUUAAUUGUUAACUGCGGCGGGAUAGCUGCAAUAGUUGACCAGAUUGAGGAUACUAAAGGAUUUACAUGUCUACCAGGUGUUAUGGGUUUGGGAUAUAUAGCCGCUCAUUCUGAAACCUUAGCGAUGGCUGUGAUAGUUUCAAACGGGGUUUCACAAUUAAAAUGUGUACUCAUAAAGGAAUCGAGCGAGGAGAUACAGGCUGCCGCAGCGUGGGCGCUUGGCCAGAUUGGUCGCCAUUCCCCUGAACAUGCGAAAGCCAUAGCUCAAGCCGACGUACUGCAGAAUCUGUUGGAGUGCUAUCUAAAACAAAAUGCUUCAGAGGAUCUUAAAACAAAGACCAAAAAGGCACUGAAGCUAAUAAUUCAGAAGUGUAUUAAUUUAGAGGCACUAGAACCUUUAUUGCAAAAAGCACCUCCAAGUAUCCUGAAACAUGCAGUUGCGCAGUUUAGCAAAGUUCUCCCACAUGAUAGCAGAGCACGUCGGUGGUUUGUGGCAUCUGGAGGUCUUAAAAAAAUACAGGAGCUAAAGGACGACAACGAAGGCUUGUUGUCGGAGUACAUUAAUGCUAUAAACAACUGCUAUCCAGAAGAGGUUGUACGUUACUACUCCCCAGGUUAUGCCGAAACAUUAAUGGAGCGUGUAGAAGCAUACCAAAUACCGAUUUGAAGUCUAAUUCUGAGUAAAGAAAUAAAGACGGUUCAAAGAUAUUAACUAUCAUGAAGAAAUCCAUAAUUUAUAAAGCAUUCAACAUAAUUUUACAAAUAAAAGUUAGUGAGUAAUAUUAAAACAUUAUGAAUUUGAAUACCAUAAAAUGCUUAAUAUUUUAUGUACUAAAAAUAUAUCAGUUAAAUGAAUCCCAGUUAAUUGAUUGUUAGUCUUAUAAAAGAAAUGUCAUGUCAGGUAACUGGCUAGUGGGAUAAAUCGACCCUCCUUCACCAACGAGAGUCAUUUCACAUAAAACUUAGAUACCUUAAAAGCAAAUGUCUUAAUAAUAGGAAAUAAGGUGAGAGUGCAAAAGAUUGUUUUUCAUACUAGCAGAUUACUUCUCAGUAGUAAUAGUAUCUUAUACAAUGCCUGUGACAUUCACUUCACUUAUUUAAAAUUUCGUCACAAGAUGACCAUUUUAUUGAAAAGACAAUUACAUGAGCAGAGAAUGACAGAAAAAGUUAGCAAAUGUAAACUACCACUCCUUGACUACAUCGGUUCAGAAAUGUAACUGUAAUCUAUUUGGGAAUUUUAUUACAGAAAGUCGGUGUAUUUAAAUAAAGCAACUUUUAAAUUGGAAAAAGAAUUAUAAGUACGACACAUAUAGGUAUUUGAUCGUGAUGUAUUUUACGUGAUCAAGAUGAGAAAUACUAAUAAAUUUACUAUUACAACCAACCUCAAAUUUUAGAAGGCUAAUGAAGCAAGACGUUGCGUCCUGGCAGGCGGUAGCUGUGGAUAAUUUGUACAUUUCUCAAGCACCUGUUGAAGACUGAUAAAGUUACCAACUGCCUUGCUAUACCACGCGCACCCUUGGGAUUACUUACGGGGCCACUGGACGAUACAUGACCAUUACCUAUAAGACACCUAUAAGUAAAUAAUAGUCACUGGUUUCUACCUAUUUCUGAAGCCCAUGUCUUAUGGUCAUAAAACAAAAGACAAUGGAUUUCGAAGCAGUAUACUGGUUUUUCGGUUGGCAGAAAUCUCGCCUACCUCAUAAUUGAUGUAUGUUGGGAAAAGCCAAGCACGCCUUCAAAGUCCAUGCUGAGAUUUAUUCAGAUAAAAACCUACCACGACCAAUGAGACACCCAAGAUAAUUGAAGUUAUUCGCUAGGUCGGUAAUUUCACUCUCUAUCAUCGAUUUAGAUGACAGAUAUUACUCCUGAAGCCACAUUUUACAUUUAGGAACGGAGAAACUCACUUCAACUAUAUGUAAACUGUUGAUCAGUGUUCAAAUAACUUUGGAUUAUCAUAUGGUCUUCAUUAAACAGAUAAGCGAGUCUCCUGUAGAUGACCCUCUGGAAAGUUAGACGGAGUUAUAUGUAAAAGAAACUAAGUAAAAAUGAGGGUAGUGGGUAGCUCUGAUGAAAUGCUGAGUACUUAUUUUUUGGAAAGGGAUAAAAACAAAAGGUUAUAUAAAAAGGUAUUCCGAGUAUCUGAUUAUAUUGCUAGAACAAAUGAUCUAAAGGAAGUGGUGUUAGCCUAUUUAAAAACACGUUCCCAAGAGAUACACGAACUUGGACUAGAUGUAAACACAAACUCAAAUAUAACCAAUUCUACAUUAAACCGUUUAGCACGUUGACUUUGAUAGUGCUAUUCACUUAUAAAAGUGUA